GGUACUUCUACUAUUAACUAAACGGUUGGGGCUGGGCGUACGUACCUCCGUGCCGUGCGUGCCACUCGUGCCUACCUCAUACCUUGAUACAUAUACGCGUAUACCUACGCUAUUGCAGCUAGCCAUUAUUUACCUUCCUCUCGGUCUAGAAGUCAAAAACAGCACAUCCUACGCUCACACUCACCAGAUCCAUUCAUUUGGUUAUUGAUUCGUUGUUUGGUUGUUCACCUUCUCCAUUACCUCCGCUUUAGGCCCCCUUCUGCCCUGUCUAAGGGGCGGUGUCGAUAAGGGAGAACCUGCCUACUACCUGCAACAACAGAAUCCCAAUCUCCCAUUAUAUAACGACUAUACCUCCCGCUAGGCAUCGUCAGCCUCGCAGCCUCACUCAUGCCAUCAUAGGAAUUCUCUUGCAUUUCCCUACGCCCUUUCAUCCCUGUCACGAUGCCCACGCAACACACAUGUUUUGGACGGCCUGUUCGGUUGCAGAUGCCCCCACGGCGCUUCCAAUUUCUCUUAGGCUUUGUCCUAAUUGUCGCUGUAUACUUGGGAGUUUCUGGCCCCACUCCUUCGGCUGAGCUCUACGAAGAAGUCGCAGAAGCAGUCAAGAAUCCUCACUUGCCCAGUGUCCCGAAGCUCGAAGAUCUACCCAAGGUUCCCAUUGGACCUGUACCAAACCCAUUCGGUCCCGCCGCCCAUAAGCCACCUCCGUCUGCGAACAGUACUACUGAUAGCCAGUAUCGUCCCCUCCAAUGGCUACCCGACUUCAAAUGGCGGAACCCUUUCUCCUCGUCCGUUACCCAUGACGAGGAUAUCGCAGUUCUUCCACCUCUGAAGGAGCGUCCACCGAUCUAUACAUUCUACGACGUGAGGGGCAAGCAGGGCAAGGAAGUUUCGGUAGCAGAGAGUCGAUUGAUAUUGGCAUGGCGCAGAGCCUGGUGGGCACAGGGUUUCAAGCCUCAAGUCUUGUCCCGCGACGAAUCCGAGAAGCAUCCUCUAUACGAUCUGGUACAGCGCAUGAAGCUCGAUUCGAAGGUGGAGUUGGAGUUCAUGAAGUGGCUCGCCUGGGGCCAUAUGGAAGGCGGCAUUCUUGCUAACUGGCUAGCACUUCCCAUGGCCCACUACGACAACCCCAUGCUGAGCUUCCUGCGCAGAAAGGAAUACCCUCUUUUAUCGCGAGUUGACACACUACAGCAUGGCAUAUUCUUCGGCGAGGGAGGCGCAGUCAACGAUGUUAUUAAGAAGUUGGUCAACCACGACCUUUUCAAAAACACAACGGCUACCAAGGAUAAGAUCACCGAAUUGGGGAAGAAACCGGGCGGACCAUUUGUCAACCUUCUGUCGCAGAAAGAAAUCGCUGUGGAGCCAAAGGCCGACGGAAUUGCAUACUAUUCUAUUGAUACGAUUGCCAAAACAUACGGAGUAGUCGCUGAUAAGUUGAAUGCCACAACUCAAGUGGAGGGGCUAACCAUGCUGGCAACGCUGAUCAACUCCCACCUGCAUCUAACCUUCCAGGACAUUUUUUCAGAAGGCGUGGCUGUUCUCAAACCCCUACCGGAACAUAGCUCAGCGCUCAUGUAUGAAGCCAUUGAUAUUGCCAGGAACCUCACACAAUGUCCCACCUCACCGAUGCCUGAGUCCUGUCCACCAAAUAGACCGAAGUGCAAGCCAUGCGAUCCAGAGAAAGCGAAAGGCCCUGCACUGUACCCUGCGUACAAGAAUACGUCUACUCUUUUCACCAUUGGCACCGUUCCGCAUCCCUACACCAUGAAUCUACUUCGAUACAACCGCGAUGACUUAGACGGAAAUUUCUUGCGCCGGAAUGGGGAGCGCGACCAGUGGCUGACUGCAACAACCGUCGAAUCAGUCGGCGAAACCCACUCGAGCGAAGAGCGUGUCGUGCAUUUCAAAGAAGCAGUAGCCGCCCCGCACAACGCCUCCAAUUCCCUCUGGCUCACUGCCGAGCGCGAGACUCAGAUCGAUCUGGACUGGAUCUUUGGAUUCAAUCUACCUCAGGAAGCCGCGGAAGCUAGGGGCGUUGGGCACCUAAAGGACGUGCCGGGUGUGAAAACCUUCCCGCGUCCAGCACAACCCACACCAUUAAACGAAGCCAAAAAGCCAGACGACGAAGCCAUAGCGAACGAAGAAAAGCGGCUGAUCAAGGCUCGAGACGCGCUCAAGAGCAAAGACCGCCGCAUGCGGGAAAUCAUUCAGAUGGUAGAACAAUGGAGCAUGGCAGACACCGAAGCGUGGAAAUUCGCAACCGCCUGGUCGGCGAGACGGCGACAGGAGCGCGAGACCUGGGAGAAGGAGGAGCAAAAGUACGCUGGCUCUGAGCGCAAAGCGGGCGUACGUCCAGGCGGCAAAGGAUUAAGUCGAUGGACGGAUAAGCUCACAGGGUAGGGUUGAGUUAACGCGCUGCUGUGCAACUCAGCAAAGCUCCCUCACUCGGCCCACUUCUUUGUACAAGUUUCUCCGUAUGGCAUCAACAUUGCAUGGCUAUGGAUUUUCUCCAUCUUGGACGUCCUUACCUUUUCCUUUUUUGGGGAAAUGCUUUCGAGCGGCAAAAGCUUGAUGGGUUCUUGUUUCUCUGGCGUAAUGUACCAUAAACAUACCUCUUGUUUUUAUUUAGCAAAAGCGUGAACGAUAGAAUAUUUUACUUUAUCCUACCACAGUCUGUCAU